GUUCUGUUCAUGGUUGGUCCCCGAGUUGUAUCGAAACCAUUAUGAUAACUUCUGCUAUCUGCAUGCAAGGUUUUUAUAAUUGAGUUUCAAGUCUUGAUGCCCAUCUCUUGUGGAUCAUAAUGAGUUCGGUAUCCGCUCUCAGCACAAGAGAAAACAGAGAGCACAAUGGAUCCAGUUUAGCCGAUAACGGGGAGGUUUCUGAUACAAAAGCGAACGCUAGUCCUGAGGCUGAAGCCAACCAACGUGCACUAUUGGUGGAGUGGUUAAAUAGUAUUCUUCCACAUUUAAAUUUGCCAAUAAAAGCUUCAGAUGAAGAGCUGAAAGCAUGUUUGAUUGAUGGCACUCUUCUAUCUCAAAUUUUGAAGAGGCUUAGACUAGUUUCAUAUAAGGAGGUAGGCGAUUUCAAUCAUUCUUCAGUUUCAAGCUUAGAAAAUGUUAGAAGAUUUCUGGAAACUCUGGAUAAAUUAGGAAUUUCUGGAUUUGCAAUGUCAGACCUAGAGAAGGGUUGUAUGAAGCCUGUUAUAGGCUGUCUUUCAAAACUUAGAGCAGAAUUUUCCCCUACCAAAGAGAAUUUUUCGGUCAAUAGUACAAUAACAGAAUCUGGAAACAGUGAAAAGGAUGCAUCUUCUGGCGGCCCUCUUUCUCCAGUCUUUGGAGAAGAAAGGUGAAAAGUUUUGUCAGAGUCCCAAUUUCAAGGUGCUUCACGCAGUUCAGCAAUAUCAGGUAAUGCAAUUUCUUUGUGGAUUGUUU